UCAAGCUAUAACAAAUUUAUUUCAUUUGAAAGAUAGAUAUGAUUCAGUUCAAGGAUAUCGCUUUUGAAGUCAAGAGAAUAGCCGCUAAAAGAAUAUCGCGUUUAAGACACAUAAUCAACGUACGAAAGGGUCACUUUACGGUAUACGUUGGGGAAGACGCGGAAGAGACGAAGAGAUUUGUGGUUCCAAUAUCUUACUUAAAACAUCCUUUGUUCCAAGCUUUGUUGCAUCAAGCCGAAGAUGAGUUCGGCACAGAUCAUAAGAGGAAAUCCCUCACGAUCCCUUGUCCUCACCAUGUCUUUCUUGACGUCACUUCUCGUCUGAAUCGUUAGUACCAAAAGUGAUAAGUUAGUCUAAGGUUUUAGACUAUUAGUAUAUAUUUGGUUGGUUUGAUGAUCCGUUUCGUAAGGGUUUUAUAUAUUUAUGUUACUGUGGUCCGUGGGGGCUUACAACAUGUUGGCUUGGAAGAAAAAAUUAAUGUAA